UCUCCAAGUAAAAGAGCUGCAUAGAUCCUCAGCAAACUGCCCCAGCAGGCAACUCAUUUUGUGAAGGCAUCUGGACUAUCUCCUUCUCUCUCUCCUUCCCUCUCUCCUUCUCUCUCUCCUUCCCUCUCCUAAGAAACUGGAAAAGGCAGCAGCAGCCUUCUUUAUUCAAAAUAUAUGGUGAAAAAGUGCGACAGUUAACUGGAGUGUGAGAGCUUUAUCCAGAAAUACAGGAUGGGUCUGUUCUGCAGAGCAGUACUUGUCUCCCAGGUGAUGCUACAGCUGUAUAUAGCGACAGGUGUGCAAGGCCAAGGAAAAGUGUAUGACCUCCUGACGUCUUCAGACUGUCUGCCAGAUCUUCUGCAACGAGGGCUAGAGUCUCAGGCUGUGGACGAGGUUUUCAUCCUCACAACAUUCCGACUCCAGACGAAAUCUGCCACCCCGAUAUUUGGCCUUUAUAAUCCCAGAGAUAAAAGCAAAUAUUUUGAGUUUACCGUAUUUGGGAAGCUCAACAGAGCCUUCCUAAGAUACCAGAAGGGUGAAGGCAAACUGAGCGUCUCCACCUUCAACAACAUGGCGCUGGCAGACGGGGAGCUCCAUGCUGUCAUGUUCCACCUGAAAGGUCUGCGGCGAGGUCCCAGCAGCGUAGACGUCUAUGUGGACUGCAGACUGACUGAGACCGUGAGGGACACACCCAUAGCCUUUAAGGGCCUCCCCUCUAUCAUGGUGGAGCUCAAGACUCUGCCCAAGAAGUCCCAAGAUGAACUGACGGAACUAAAACUGGUAACUGGAGAUGUUGUGGACAGUGUCCUCUCCCUGCAAGACUGUGACCUACAGCAGAGUGACUCCAUGCAAAUGCUGGGAGUCAAUGCAAAACAGAUGUCAAAUCAAAUGCUUGAACUUACGAGGGUCAUCUCAGAACUGAAGGACGUCCUCCUACGGCAGGUCAAGGAAACUACCUCCCUGAGAAAUGCCAUUGUAGACUGCAAGGCAUGUGGACUUGAUGACUCGAAAUUCACUCCGGCGCACCAACGGUCCUGCCAGCCUGGGACGUGCUUUCGGAUAGACAUGUGCAUAGACACGGAGGAUGGGAUCACGUGCGGACCCUGCCCUGAGGGCUACACAGGCGAUGGUGUCAGCUGCGAUGAUGUGGAUGAGUGCCAGUUUAACCCUUGCUUCCCCGGGGUGCGCUGUGUGAACACAGCCCCGGGCUUCAGAUGUGAAAGCUGCCCGCAAGGCUACACCGGCGAGGCUGUGCAGGGCGUGGGCAGCGAGUACGCCAGGAGGAACAAACAGGUCUGUAAUGACAUAGACGAGUGCCAAGGCCCUAAUAAUGGAGGCUGCCCCUCCCACUCUCAGUGCCUGAACGUCAUGGGAUCGUUCCGCUGUGGGCCCUGCAAGGAAGGCUUCAGGAGCGACCACUCAGGUGGCUGCCAGCCCCAGCAAACGUGCCAGGAAAACACAUGUGACAGCAACGCCCAGUGCAUGGUGGAAAGAGACGGCACCAUUUCCUGCAUGUGUGGUAUCGGCUGGGCUGGUAACGGCUAUGUUUGUGGGAAGGACACAGACAUUGAUGGGUAUCCCGACAGGAAACUGAACUGCAAAGACCCUAACUGCAAAAAGGACAAUUGUGUUUAUAUUCCGAACUCUGGGCAAGAGGACGCUGACAGUGAUGGAAUAGGCGAUGCGUGUGAUGAAGAUGCCGAUGGAGAUGGGAUUUUAAAUGAGCAGGAUAACUGCUGGCUGAAGCCCAACAUAGACCAGAAGAACAGCGACAAGGAUCGCCAUGGCGACGCGUGUGAUAACUGCCGACAUGUGGACAACCUCGACCAGAGGGACACGGACAAUGAUGGCAAAGGGGAUGCGUGUGACGAUGACAUGGAUGGUGAUGGUGUGAAAAAUUUCCUGGACAACUGCCAGAGAGUGCCAAAUCCUGACCAGAGGGAUCGGGACAGUGAUGGAGUCGGCGAUGCCUGCGAUAGCUGCCCCGAAAUUCCCAACCCCAACCAGUCAGACAGUGACCACGAUCUGGUUGGUGACUCCUGUGACACAAACCAGGACAGCGAUGGUGACGGACACCAGGACUCUAAAGACAAUUGUCCCAACGUCAUCAACAGCUCGCAGCUGGACACGGACAAGGACGGCCUCGGGGAUGAAUGUGACGACGACGAUGACAAUGACGGCAUACCUGAUAUCCUGCCACCUGGGCCAGAUAACUGCAGACUGGUUCCUAACCCAGACCAGAUCGACAAAAACAAUGAUGGCGUGGGGGAUAUAUGUGAGUCUGACUUUGACAAGGACAGGGUGAUUGACACGAUCGACAACUGCCCCGAGAAUGCAGAGAUUACCCUCACUGACUUCAGGGCGUACCAGACUGUGGUGCUGGACCCUGAGGGAGAUGCACAGAUCGACCCGAAUUGGAUAGUGCUCAAUCAGGGUAUGGAGAUUGUACAGACCAUGAACAGUGACCCUGGACUUGCUGUUGGCUACACGGCCUUCAGCGGAGUGGAUUUUCAGGGCACGUUCCAUGUUAAUACGGUGACCGAUGACGACUACGCCGGAUUCAUCUUCGGCUACCAGGAUUCCUCCAGUUUCUACGUGGUGAUGUGGAAGCAGACGGAGCAGACGUACUGGCAGGCUACACCCUUCCGGGCUGUGGCUGAGCCCGGCAUUCAGCUCAAGGCGGUUAAGUCUAAGACGGGGCCAGGUGAGCACCUGAGGAAUUCCCUGUGGCACACCGGCGACACAGAUGACCAGGUAAGACUGCUGUGGAAGGACCCACGCAACAAGGGCUGGAAGGACAAGAUGUCAUACCGCUGGUUCCUGCAGCAUCGGCCCCAGGUGGGAUACAUCCGAGCCCGGUUCUAUGAAGGUCCUGAGCUAGUGGCUGAUUCGGGGGUGAUCAUUGAUACCACCAUGAGAGGCGGGCGGCUGGGAGUCUUCUGUUUCUCUCAGGAAAACAUCAUCUGGUCCAACCUCAAGUACCGCUGCAAUGACACCAUCCCUGAGGACUUUCAUGAAUUAACUGCACAAGUUACAGGUGACACUAAGUGAACCAACCUGGAUAACAGAAGCAUUGUAACUGAUACUUCAGAGACAGCCUUUUCUAUAUAUAUAUAUAUAUAUAUAUAUAUAUAUAUAUUGUAUUCGCCUGCGGCACUUACGCUUGUCUUCAGAAGAGAUUCUGUGAUACGGGAAUUUUUUUUGUAUGUGUAAACAAAAUAUGUUAUAAAAUGAUUUGAUGAACUCAGA